AUGGCCGACUUUGUAAAACUCUCGAUCUUCGGUACCGUCUUUGAGGUCACCACCCGUUAUGUCGACCUCCAGCCCGUUGGCAUGGGAGCGUUCGGACUUGUGUGUUCUGCCAAGGACCAGCUCUCUGGCACUUCUGUCGCCAUCAAGAAGAUUAUGAAGCCCUUCUCCACCCCCGUGCUCUCCAAGAGGACUUAUCGAGAACUCAAGCUGCUCAAGCACCUGAGACACGAAAACAUCAUCUCUCUUAGCGACAUUUUCAUCUCUCCCCUGGAAGACAUCUACUUUGUCACCGAACUCCUCGGUACCGACCUCCACCGACUCCUCACUUCUCGACCGCUCGAAAAACAGUUCAUCCAAUACUUUUUGUACCAGAUCCUCCGUGGUCUCAAGUACGUCCACUCUGCCGGUGUCGUCCACCGAGACCUCAAACCCUCCAACAUUCUCGUCAACGAAAACUGCGACUUGAAGAUCUGCGACUUUGGUCUUGCGAGGAUCCAAGACCCGCAGAUGACGGGUUACGUGUCUACCCGAUACUACCGGGCGCCCGAGAUCAUGUUGACUUGGCAAAAGUACGAUGUUGCCGUCGACGUCUGGAGCACUGGAUGUAUCUUUGCAGAGAUGUUGGAGGGCAAGCCGUUAUUCCCCGGAAAGGACCAUGUCAACCAAUUCUCCAUCAUCACUGAAUUGCUCGGUACCCCAUCCGACGAUGUCAUCCAGACCAUCGCUUCCGAGAACACCCUCCGUUUCGUCCAGUCCCUCCCCAAGCGCGAAAAAGUCCCCUUCGCCACCAAAUUCCCCAACGCCGACCCCACCUCGCUCGACCUGCUCGAAAAGAUGCUCGUCUUUGACCCCCGAACGCGUAUAUCCGCCGCCGACGCCCUCGCACACGAGUACUUGGCGCCGUACCACGACCCUACGGAUGAGCCUGUUGCUGCCGAGGUGUUUGAUUGGAGUUUCAAUGAUGCGGAUUUGCCGGUGGAUACUUGGAAGGUCAUGAUGUACAGCGAGAUCCUUGACUUCCACAACCUUGGGGAUAUCUCACAGAACGAGGCUGAAGGGCCUGUCACUGGUGAAGUGCCCGCCGCCGCCGCGAGCUAA